AAUUUAAAAAGCCCUAUUCCUCGUGUCGCAAUCUCGAUUCGUCCAUCGUUUUUCUUGGCUGACGCUGGUCCUAGGGCUUUCUUUUUUCUUUCCAAUUCUUCCAAAUCAAAUCCCCCGAUUCUUCCUAUUUUUGUUUUUCAUAUUUCGGAUUCUAGGGUUUAAAGUGCUGACUUUGAUUACUACUUUUUCUUUGAGAAUUGGAUUAAUUAAGCCUUUUGGGAGUUCAAUUGUUUGAUUUCCGGUGCAUGGUACAUGCACAACUUUUGUAUUUGAAGUGGGAUGAAUAGUGUGUUCAGCGAACAGAUACUUGCAGACAAGCUAUCGAAGCUUAACAGCACACAGCAGUGUAUUGAAACAUUGUCUCAUUGGUGUAUAUUUCACCGAAGCAAAGCAGAAGUUGUUGUUAAGACAUGGGAGAAACAGCUUCAGAGUUCUGAAGUGGCUCAGAAGGUUCCUCUUCUUUAUCUUGCAAAUGAUAUCCUUCAAAAUAGCAGAAAAAAAGGAAAUGAAUUUGUAUUUGAGUUCUGGAAGGUCCUCCCAGGAGUUCUCAAAGAUCUUAUUGAAAAAGCCGAUGAUCAGGGAAGAAAAGCUGUCAACAGAUUGGUUGGUAUUUGGGAAGAAAGGAAAGUGUUUGGAUCUCAUGCAAAGAACAUAAAAGAUGUCUUGCUUGGAAUAGAAUCGCCUCAACCCCUUGAGUUCACCAAAAAACGUCCCCGCUCUGUUAAAAUUGUUAAGAGAGAUUCAAGAUCCAUAAGAAUGAAACUGACGAUUGGAAGUACAGCGGAGAGAAUUGUCUCAGCUUUUCAUUUAGUUGUCAGUGAACACCAUGGCGAAGACGAAGAAAUGAAUAAAUGCAAAUCUUCUGUUCACCGUGUUAAGAAAUUGGAAAAAGAUAUUGAUUCGGCGUUAACGAAUGCAAAGGAUCCAAAGAGGAAGACUUUAUCUAAAGAAUUGGAGGAAGAAGAAAAUCUUUUGAAGCAGUGCAUUGAGAAACUUAAAGUUGUUGAAGCAAAUAGAUUAGCCCUUGUUUCUCAGUUGCGUGAUGCACUCAAUGAUCAGGAAUCCGAGUUGGAGAAUGUUCGCACUCAAAUGCAGGUGGCACAAGCACAGAGACAGGAAGCGGAAGCUAUGCGGAAGCGGCUAGAUGAUAUAAACUAUGUGGCGGAAACAAAACCAACCACCGCCACACCGCCAACAUCUUCCACCGCCACCACCACUCCACCACCACCUGCCGCUGCAGGAUCUAAAAAGUCCGCCGCUGAUAUAGCGGCGGAAGUUGCCGACCGCCUUGCCGCCUCCACCUCCUCCCAAUACAUCAUGUCAUCUGUCCUUUCUUCAUUUGCAGCCGAACUUACAAACAACAAUUCCGUUUCACAACCAGAAUCACCACCACUUCCCACCGAUCACAACCACUUUAUGCCGCCACAAAUGGCGGCAAGCACCCCAUACCAAGCAGUUUUAAUACCCUCCCAACCUCAAUACCAUACACAACAAUAUCUCCAACCCUCCAGCGGGAUUGUGACAUCCUAUACAUAUAGUGGCGGCCCUCCACCGCCGCCACCACCACCACCGGCUUAUAUGAUGAGUCCGAUUGUCCCUAUGCAGAUGACCCACCAGCAGCCAAUGCCGCCUCAGCAACCGCCAGCUUUCCGGCCACUUCCUCCGUUUUUUGCACACCCUCAUCAAUCCCAGUGAUGGAUAUGCUAUUUUGAUGAUUAUUUGUGGGUUUGUUGAGAAAAUAUUGAUAGUGCCGGGUGGAAGGUAGUUUUUUUUUUGUUAUGAUUUGUUAGGACUAGGAUGACGUGGCGAUGUUGGCACCCUAUUUGGUUGUUAUAGUGUGUUUUUCUUGUUUUUUUAGUCAGGAUCGAGGUAUAAGUAUACUGUACAUUUGGUGGUUAAAAGGCAGCUUACAAUUUUGUAUCCAAAUAUUUUUCAUGUCUCUGGCUACACACAAAGAGCUACAUCCUCAACCCCAAGAGGUUUUCUUGAUUCUAUUUUAA